CUCUGGCUAGUUGUGUCUUGGACGACGAGACAUAAACACGGUAUAUAGUCUAUAAAAAUUGUUAACGUUCAUUUUAUUUGAAUCGAAAUGACAGCAAAUGGGAAUAAUAAAUUAAACGUUGCAGUGGUGGGUGGAGGAUUAGUUGGAUCACUUGAAGCCCUGUAUUUGGCGCAAAGAGGCCAUCGAGUGUCCUUAUACGAAUACCGCGAAGAUAUAAGAAAAACUCCCCAAGUUCGGGGGCGUUCAAUAAACUUAGCUCUAUCGGUGCGAGGACGCCAGGCAUUGAAAGGCGUGGGCUUGGAAGACCAGAUGGUUCAUGAGCAUGGUAUACCCAUGAGAGCAAGAAUGAUCCACAGACUUGACGGUUCCACAUACUCCAUGCCUUACGACGCUAGAACCAACCAGUGCAUAUAUUCAGUUGGUCGGAAUUAUUUAAACGGACUGCUUUUGAAAGAGUCAGAGAAAUACGACAACGUGCAAAAAUUCUUCAACUACAAAUUAAUACAAACUAACUUGAAGAACGGAUCGCUGACAUUUACAAACACCGCUACUAGAGAGACAGUGGAAGUGAACGCGGAUCUGAUCAUCGGUGCUGAUGGUGCUUUCUCGGCUGUACGCAAGGAGAUGAUGAAGCAGCCGCUGUUUAACUUCAGCCAGGAGUACAUUGAACACGGAUACUUGGAACUGUGCAUCCCACCAGGAAGCGAUGAUGGUUUUCAAAUGCCACCAAAUUACUUACAUAUUUGGCCAAGAGGACAAUUCAUGAUGAUCGCUCUCCCAAAUCAAGAUUGCUCUUGGACGGUUACACUUUUUAUGCCUUUCAAGAAUUUUAAAAAUAUUAAUUCCGAAGAAGUUCUUAUAGAAUUCUUUGAGAAAUACUUUCCGGAUUCAAUACCAUUGAUAGGAAAGAAGAAAUUAAUAGAAGAUUUUUUCGCUGGUUCCCCUUCACCACUCGUUUCCGUGAAAUGUCGCCCGUAUCACGUUAAAGACAAGGCCCUUAUUAUUGGAGAUGCGGCUCACGCUGUUGUUCCUUUUUAUGGACAAGGCAUGAACGCUGGCUUCGAAGACUGCACUCUACUAGAUCAACUGUUCAAGAAACACAACGACCAUCUCGCUAGCAUUCUUGAAGAGUUCUCUACUAUGAGAUGGCGUGAUACCUUCGCAAUUAGCGAUCUUGCUAUGUAUAAUUAUAUAGAGAUGCGUGAUUUAGUUAACCGUCCUUCGUAUAAACUACGCAAAGCAUUAGACGACUUUUUGUUUUGGCUGAUGCCGGAUACCUGGGUGCCUCUUUACAACUCUGUCACAUUUACGUCUAUGCCUUACAAUCAGUGCGUCAAAAAUCGGACUUGGCAAAAUAAGGUACUGACAGUGGUUAUACUUUUCGUCUGUCUCUUAGUAUUCUUAUUUUUGAUAUAUACCAGAAAGUAAAGGAAUGAUUUAAGGAGAUAAUUUUUAGUAUUAGGUUAAAUAGAAAUAAGAGUAGAUAUUGUUCAUAUAAUUGUACUUUAAAAAAAACUUAAGAUAUAUAUUUUUUUUGUAAUUUAUUAAGCAAUAAUUGCAUUCCAAUGACAGCACUUCCAAUUAUUCACGAGUUAGUCUCGAUUCGUUAUCAAUAUUAUUGAUGCAAAUAGAUUUCCACGCAUCUUUUAUCAUUACUUUUUAAUAAAAAAAUGUUUGCCUAAAAUUAAAAAUCAAAUAUUUUUUAUUUUAAGUAACUAGGUUAUUGUUUUAAUAAAAUAUAUUUAAAUGCA